AUUGUACAGGGACGUGAUGUUAGAGAACUACAGGAACCUGGCCUCCUUGGGUCUUGUGGUCUCUAAGCCAGACCUGGUCACAUUUCUGGAGCAAAUGAAGACUCCCUGGGAUGUAAGGAGACUGGAGACGCCAGCCGUAUACACAGAGUGUGGCAACACCUCUAAGCAGAAUUCAGAGCUUAGUCAAGAUCAGCAAAUCCACACGGGCAAGAAACCUGAUGAAUGUAAAGAAUGUGAAAAAGCAUUUAUGUGUUACUCAAACCUUAGUCAACAUCAGCGCAUUCACACUGGGGAGAGGCCUUAUAAAUGUGCAGAGUGUGGCAAAGCCUUUAAUCAGAAGUCAUAUCUUAGUGAUCACCAGAGAAUUCAUACUGGAGAGAAACCUUAUAAAUGUAAAGAAUGCGGAAAAGCCUUCAACUUUAGCAAGCACUCUCGUCUUACUCGCCAUCAGAGAAUUCAUACUGGAGAGAGGCCUCAUAAAUGUGAGGAUUGUGGCAAAGCGUUUAGACAGCAGUCAUGUCUUACUACACAUCAAGUAAUCCAUACUGGAGAGAAAUCUUAUAAAUGUAAAGAAUGCGGAAAAGCCUUCAGUUACCGCUCAACUCUUACUCAACACCACCGAAUUCAUACUGGAGAGAAGCCUUAUAAAUGUAAAGAAUGUGGAAAAGCCUUCAGGUACCACUUAACUCUUACUCGACACCACCGAAUUCAUACUGGAGAGAAGCCUUAUGAAUGUAUAGAAUGCGGAAAAGCCUUCAGGCAGUACUCAAAUCUUACUCAACACCAGAGAAUUCAUACUGGGGAGAGGCCUUAUAAAUGUAAGGAUUGUGGCAAAGACUUUAGCAGUUACUCAGGUCUAACUUGCCAUCAGAGAAUUCAUACUGGAGAGAAGCCUUAUAAAUGUAAAGAAUGUGGAAAAGCCUUCAGUUACUACUCAACUCUUACUCAACACCACCGAAUUCAUACUGGAGAGAAGCCUUAUAAAUGUAUAGAAUGCGGAAAAGCCUUCAGUCGGUACUCAAAUCUUACUCAACACCAGAGAAUUCAUACUGGGGAGAGGCCUUAUAAAUGUAAGGAUUGUGGCAAAGACUUUAGCAGUUACUCAGGUCUAAUUUACCAUCAGAGAAUUCAUACUGGAGAGAAGCCUUAUAAAUGUAAAGAAUGUGGAAAAGCCUUCAGUUACUACUCAACUCUUACUCAACACCACCGAAUUCAUACUGGAGAGAAGCCUUAUAAAUGUAAAGAAUGUGGAAAAGCCUUCAGUUACUACUCAACUCUUACUCAACACCACCGAAUUCAUACUGGAGAGAAGCCUUAUAAAUGUAUAGAAUGCGGAAAAGCCUUCAGUUGGUACUCAAAUCUUACUCAACACCAGAGAAUUCAUACUGGGGAGAGGCCUUAUAAAUGUAAGGAUUCAUGUGGCAAGGCUUUUAAGCAGAGUUCAACUUUAACUGAACAUCAGCAAGUCCAUACUGGGGACAGACCUUAUAAAUGUACAGAAUGUGGCAAAUCCUUUACCCAUUAUUCACUCCUUACUCAACAUCAACGAAUCCACACUGGGGAGAGACCUUGUAAAUGUACAGAAUGUGGCAAAGCCUUUAACUGGCAUCUGAGUCUUCCUGUACAUCAGCGAACUCAUCCUGGGGAGAAGCCAUACAAACGUAACAAAUGUGGCAAAGCCUUUAUCCAUUGUUCACAUCUUUCUCGACAUCAACGAAUCCAUACUGGGGAGAGACUUGAUAAAUGUACAGACUGUGGCAAAGCCUUUCCCCAGAGUUCAGAUCCUUCUUGACAUCAGAGAAUUCAUACUGCAGAGAAAUGUUAGACAUGUAAGGAAUGUGGCAAAGGAUUUCAUCACAGCCAUCACCUCACUCCCCGUCAGAGAAUACAUACUGCAGAGAAACCCUAGAAAUGA